AUGGGUGAUGAUGAAGUUGAUUUAGCAUCGGAAUCAAAAGAUUUAAACGACGUAGAAAACAUGUCCGACGAAUGGAUUCCUAUGUGUAAAGAUGAAGUCAAACCUAUACUAGGUAAGGUAUUCGAUUCUUUAGAAGAAGGAGGAAACUUUUAUAAAAUGUAUGCGCAUUCUGUUGGGUUUAGUGUACGUUGCUCAUCUCAAACAAAUGAUAAAUAUGGUGUGAAAUGGAAGUAUUUUCUAUGUUCAAAAGAAGGUUUUAGAGCAGAAAAGCAAGUAGCCUUACCUGAAUUGAUUAUUAGUGAAAAUGGUUUGCCUAAAGUUAUAAAAAGAAAAUUAACAAGGGAGGGAUGUAAGGCAAAGAUUUCUUUUAAGAGGACAAUAGAGGGUAAAUAUGAAGUUGCGAAAUUCUAUGAAGGUCAUACACAUGCACUAGCCACGCUUAGAAAGAGGCAACUUUUAAGAUCGGCACGAGGUGUUAACAAUGCUCAUAAGAAACUAUUAUUUUCUUGUAAUAGAGCUAAUGUGGGAACUUCUAAAGUUUAUCAAUUAUUGAAAGAGCAAGUUGGAAGUUAUGAAAAUAUAGGAUGCACUCAAAGAGAUUUUCAAAAUUAUUCAAGAGAUUUGAAAGAAUUAAUCAAAGACUCAGAUGCACGUAUGUUUAUUGAUAACUUUAGGAGAAAGCGUGAGAUGAACCAAUCAUUUUUCUAUGACUAUGUGGUUGAUAAUGAAGGGAGGCUGAAAUAUGUUUUUUGGGCUGAUGGAAUUUGUCAAAAAAAUUACUCUUUAUUUGGAGAUGUGAUUUCAUUUGACACAACAUAUAGUACAAACAAGUAUUGUAUGGUUUUUGCACCAUUUACAGGAGUAAACCAUCAUCGUCAAAGUGUAACCUUUGGGGCUGCCUUCUUAGCAGAUGAAAAAAUUGAUUCAUUUAUGUGGUUGUUUGAGGCAUUUUUGAAAGCAAUGGAAGGGCACAAGCCAACUUUGAUUAUAACAGAUCAAGACCCGGCUAUGAAAGUUGCUGUAGAGAAGGUCUUUAAUGGUUCGUCACAUAGAUUUUGCAUGUGGCAUAUCAUGAAAAAAGUUUCUGAAAAGGUGGGUGUUUCCUUAAAUGUCAACAUUGAUUUUAAUAAUCGUUUCAAGUCAUAUGUUUGGAAUUCAGAGUCUCCAGAAGAGUUUGAGAUAAGAUGGAAAACUAUUAUUAGUGAUUUUAAGUUAGAAGAGAAUGGUUGGCUUUCUCAAAUGUAUGAUAUUAGAAAUAUGUGGAUACCAACCUAUUUCAAAGAUAUCUUUAUGGCUGGAGUUUUGAGAACAACCUCGAGAUCAGAAAGUGAAAAUUCAUUCUUUGGUAAUUACUUGAAUAAGAAUCUUAGCUUGGUGGAAUUUUGGAUGCGAUUUGAUUCUGCGAUAGAGGCACAAAGGCAUAAGGAACUUCUCGCAGAUAAUGAUACAUUUCAUUCUAUUCCAGAAAUGAAAUUGCAUAUGGAUUUAGAGAGGCAUGGUAGAGAUGUUUAUACUCAUGAAAACUUUUACAUAUUUCAGAGGGAAUUAUGGAGUGCAUGUGUAGAUUGUGGAAUCGAAAGAACGAAAGAGGAAGAUGGAAAUUCAUUAUUUUCUAUAGUGGAUAAUAUUUUGGUAAAUGGCACAAAAGUGAGCAAACAUAGAGAAGUUAGGUAUCAUCUCUCUGAUCAUAUUGCAUAUUGCUCAUGUAAAAUGUUUGAAUCUGAAGGUAUGCCAUGUCGUCAUAUUCUUUUUAUAUUAAAAGGGAAAGGUUUAAAUAAAAUUCCAAGUCAUUACAUUGUUAAUAGAUGGACGAAAUUUGCAACAAGUAAACCAAUUUUUGAUUGCGAUGGAAAUGUGUUGGAAGGAUGCUCUAAAUUUGAAAGUGAAAGUAAGCUAAUCUCAGAUGCAUGGGCACAAUUUUUAAAAUGCAUGCAUAUGGCAGGUACAAGUAAAGAGAAAUUGCUUCUUAUUAUAAAUGAUGGUGCUAGUACUGAAUCAAAAUUGGCUAAGAUGAACAGUAAUAUUUCUCCAACAACUUUAGAUGAAGUUGAGGUUUUUAUCGGUUCUACUAUUCCAAAAGAAAUUGAUAUUCUUCCACCUGAGCCUUCAAAUACCAAAGGAUGUGGAAAGCGAAUUAAAGGAGGAAAAGAGAAGGCAAUGGAACAACAACAAAAAAGAACAAGAUUUUGCAAAGCUUGUAAGCAAUACGCAUAUCAUGAUAGUCGUAACUGUCCCAGAAAAUCAUCUUCAUAG